AUGUCCCGCAGACCCUUUCCAGGCGCCCCCACGUCCCGCCGAACCGCCCGCGGCGGGAUCACGACCACCGUCGUCACCCUCUUCAUCGCCGGCGUCGUGUACGGACUCGUGAGAGAGCGCGUGACGCCGGAUUACUCGCCCGAUCAUAUUCAACGACCUAGGAACGGACAUCUCUUUCCUUCCGCGCACGUCGACGACGGCGGACUCGACGGCGAGGCGUACGUCCGAGAGCGCCUGGCGGAGAAGAUCCACGAGCACGAGAAAGAGGAGGGUGAGCGAAGACGAGCGCGCGAGAGGGAGGGAGCGAAGAUGACGAAGACGAAGACGAAGACGAAGACGACGGCGACGGAGCGACAGACAUCGAGCCAUUCGCGGACGUCCGUGAGCGAGAAGAAGAAGGUGAUUCCGUCGAACGCAAUCGUAAGGAGCGAUGUAGCGCAGUGGGAUGGGUACGAGGCGGAUGAGUGGAGACGAAUUCGAGACGCGGAGGCGCCGGAUGACGAGUGUCACGAGUUGCCGCUGAGCGAUUACUGGGGACCGUCGCCUGUGGGCACAGCGAGUGACGUCGGUGCGGUGAAGAGCGCGCGCGAUUGCUGUGAGACAUGCAAGAAGACGGCUGGAUGUCAGUUUUGGAGGCACGAUCCCGUGAAACCGAGCGAGUGCUACACGGGCAAGCUGAUGAAUGAUUAUCUGCCGCCGAUGUACGGAGAAGAACACAAAAAGUUGACAACGACGGGCGUGUUGUAUCCAAAGAUACCGAAGUACGACGCCGAGAGCACUGAUUUGAAGACAUGUCUGCAUACCAUGAUCACGAGUAACGGCGCGGCGUACAUGAACUGGCAGACUCGAGUCUUCUACCAGACGUGGAAGAAAGCUGCAAGCGAGAAGGAUAGCAUCCUGAGGCACUUCACGCGAAUAUUACAUCGAACGACGGAUGAUGAGCUGAUGGGUAUGAUUCCAACAUGGCGCGCCGUUCCAACGCAUGCAGAGUGCGACACCUUUUGUGACUACGCCGUGAAGGACCGCGCACGUGCGAUUGCGGAUUGGAUGAAAACGGAUGACUCCAAGAGAUGCUCGCACAUCCUCAUGGCGGAGACGGAUUAUCUGUUUAUUAGAAGUCCUCCGCCGAGCGUUCUUCUCUCAAAGGGUUACUCGUACGGCUUUCUUUUCGGAUAUAUCGUGCCGUCUCAUCCCACCGCGAAGAACGCGUCAAAGGUCCUUCACGACGAGGAGAAAGACGGACCUUUGCGGGAGGUAUAUCAGACGGGGAACGCUCCGCAAUCUAUUCAUAGAGACGACUUAGAGCGCGUCGCCCAGGUGUGGGCGGAGAAGGUUGAGCUUGGCGAGACGAGUGACGUGGUGAAGAAAGAUUUCGGUUGGGUGCGCGACAUGUACGCCUGGUCCUUCGCGGCGGCAGCGGUGCGACCGAAGCUGCAUUUCGAGCUACCACCGGUGCCGUUUCAGAAGCUAGUGAUUCAACCGCCGGCGGACAUCACAAUUGGUCAGGCUUCGCUGAUGCACUAUACGUGGGGUGCCAUCGUGAGCGAUAAGGAUGAUAAAAAGCUGUGGUCAUUCGACAAACGGGAGUACCAGGGAAGGUGGGACUCGCUGAGGAAAAUUGAAACGCCUCCUCCGUGGGAAGCAGAGCGAGGAUUCAAGCUCCAAGAUGGUAAGGUAAUGCAGGAGUCGCAGUAUAAGAUAUUGCAAGAGAUGAUUGAGAUUUUCAACUCAGCCAUAGACGUCAUCUUGACGAACGACGCGGCGAAAAAGACGAGUUAG